AUGGGAAGAAGAACGAAGCUACUGUUUUUUAUUAAAAUUUUUACGUUUAUAUUUUUAACAUGUAUAUAUCAGUUUUACAAUGAUGUGCGUACGUUUAACAAACUUUCAUAUGGGAACCACAAACAUGGCAUAGAAGUACAUAUAAGAAUUUAUCGAUUACUAGUAAAAAAUAAAUUUCAUAAGGAUUCAAGAGUAAUGGGAUUAAAAGAAAAGGCUUCGAAUAUUAAAGAGAACGAAAACAAAGAUACAUGUAAUAACGAGAAAGGAACCUCAGCGAAAAAGGAAUAUUUAUGUGGAAAUUUAUCAAAGAAUAAUGGAUGCCAUAAACAACCUAUGAAAAGUAAAUCUUUUAUUUUUGAAACAAAAAAAUGUUCUUAUAUGGAAAAAAAAAUAUUUAAAGAACUUGAUUAUAUGGAAUAUCUUAAAAACAACAGAACAAUUCGUGAUAAGACAUACAAUAAAAUAAUACGAAAAAAAUAUGGGUUCCGAAUUGCUUUGCCUUUGCUAUUAUUCUCGUUAGUAUCACUAUUACCAAUAUUAGAUUUAUUACUGGGUGUUACAAUUGAAGAUUUAUUGUUGGUCAAAACAGGGUUAUUUAGUGUAUCUUCAGAAGGCUCGAAAACUCUCACAGCUAAAGUUAGCAUCUUAUCAUUUUUGACUAACUCAGUAUUGAAAUACGUAUGGUGCAUUAUAAUUUAUUGCCUACCUUUCAUUAUAUUAGGUGUUAUAUUUAUAUUAAUGAUUGUUUAUCACCACAAAAAGUUUAAGAAAUUUGAAAAAAUUAAGUUCAAGAAAAGAUAA